GAAACUACCGGAAUCGAAGCGGUCGGAGCAGCAACGACUAACUUGCGCAAUAACCGCCUCUUCCUCUAUUCCCAUUUCGCUCCAAUUCACCCACGGCCUAAAUGUCGAAAGCAAAGUUCUUCACCAGCAUUGAAUUUAGUAGGAUUAUACGAUCGUUGAAGAAAGAUGAUUUGUACAAGAAAUCCUCUUUCAUCUUGAACCGUUUCCAGUGGUCGAAAGCGGAUGGUGACAAGUUGGAAAAUAAAUUGGAGAAUAAUCCAGCGAGUUGUGACUCUGCGGCCAGCAAUAGCAGCUCGUCGGACGACGAGCUCAGCGGCUACAAUAACAAAUGGAGUCCGGAAAUUGCGUGGCGUAAAGCUCUCGAGCCCGCUUUGCAGUUGUAUAAGUGGGCGGUUCCUACAGCAAGUGGAACUGAAAACAAACCACCGGCUACUGAUAGAACUCUUGCGGAGAUAUUUACUAGUUUACAGCGGAGUAAGCUUGGACUGCAAGAGUGGAGUCUGAGCGAUAUUACUGUUGGCUUGUAUCUCAUCUAUCUUCAGCAAGCAUCCACGAAUGUUGUGGAGGAUGUGAAGGGUGAAAUUAUCACUUCAGAAUCCAUCGUUCAGGAUCUUGUAUACAACAUAGAACUAGCAAAGGGCGCUUAUAAAGACGAUGCUGCUGCUCUAGCAAGGAAUAGUAUGCUCCGAGAAAAAAAUGUUGUGAAGUUUGUCAAAUAUUCUAGCGUGUUGAGGCCUGGAUAUUAUAUUGGACUUGAUAUGCGGAAGAAACUUGUCAUUUUUGGAAUUCGUGGAACACACACCGCCUAUGACCUUGUUACUGAUAUUAUUACCACCGGCCAUGAGGAGAUCACAUUUGAAGGCUAUUCAACCCACUUUGGCACAGCUGAGGCUGCUCGUUGGUUUCUAUACCAUGAAAUUAAUACCAUCAGAAAUUGUCUGGAAAAGCAUAAGGGUUUUAGAUUGAGGCUUGUUGGUCAUUCCCUCGGAGGUGCUACUGCUUCUUUGCUUGCAAUAAUGCUUCGUAAAAAGUCCUUUAAGGAGCUUGGGUUCAGCCCUGAUAUAGUUACUGCAGUUACAUAUGGAACCUCUCCUUGUGUCUCCAAAGAACUUGCUGAAAGUUGUGCUGAUUAUGUUACCACGGUGGUGAUGCAGGAUGAUAUAAUCCCAAGGCUUAGUGUUGCUUCUUUAAAAAGAUUGAGGAAUGAAAUUGUCGAAACAGAUUGGGUAAGUGUUUUAAGUAGAGAAGAUUGGAGAGGUGUUAUAGAUGUGGUGACAAAUGCAAAGCAAGUUGUAGCUUCAGUACAAGAUGUUGCUAAAAAACUUGCUGAAUAUGCCAAGUUCAGAGGGGAGACAAAGUAUCCGGAAAUUCCCAUGAAGGAUGAAAUUCCGACGGUUACAAGCGCUAGCCAAAUCCCCAGUUCUCGCAUCAAAAGCUCUGAUCAACAAAAUCUUGGGAAACCUGCAAGCACAGUGGCUGAGGAAUUGUAUGUUCCAGGCACAGUUUAUUAUUUAAAGAAGAAUGUGGAAACUGAGAGCCACGACAGACACAUCGAAUAUUUCACCUUGUUGAGAAGACAACCAGGUGAGCAUUUUCAAAGGAUACUGCUUUCCAGCAACCUAAUUUCAGCCCACAAAUGUGAUAGCCAUUUUUAUGCUCUGAGGGAUGUAAUUAAAGAUGUGGCAGGUAAUUAUUAGCUAUUAGCAGUCACAUCAUUUCUAGUGCUUGUAGCAUCCAAGAAAAAUUAGAAAUAGCACAUUUUGUAGAUAUUCAUUAUGGUAUAGUUAUGUUAUCACUCAUUGUUUUC